AAGUUCUCCACUGUUCUUCAUUUCUAUUGAAGACCCACUAGAUGAUAUGAGUCAAGCCCUCCAAAGAAGGGUAUAGCUCAGGAAAUAACCCUGGAAGAUGGUGGCCAUGAAGACGUUCUCUCUGCUGCUGGUGCUCCUGUUCCUGGCGGUGGGGCUCGGAGAGAAGGAAGAGGGUCACUCCAGAUCCCAUGCUAAGGUGAGCGGCUCCCGACCUCGAGGCCCAAGGUACGCUGAAGGGACUUUCAUCAGUGACUACAGUAUUGCCAUGGACAAGAUCCGCCAACAAGACUUUGUGAACUGGCUGCUGGCCCAGAAGGGGAAGAAGAAUGACUGGAAACACAACAUCACCCAGAGGGAGGCCCGGGCCCUAGAGCUCACUGGUCAGUCCACCAGCAAGGAGGAGGCAGCUGGGCAGCAGAGCUCCCCACCCAGGAACCCCAGUGAUGAAGAUUUGCUGAGGGAUUUGCUGAUUCAAGAGCUGCUGGCCUGGUUGGUGGAUCUGAAGGAGCUCUGCAGCCUCAGGUCUCAGUGACUCUGAGCAAGCCCAGCUCAGGACUGGACUCUGCCCUUCAUUUACUCAGCCCCUGCCUCAGCGCCUCUGGAGAACCCAAGAGAAGGCAAACCAAUAAA